CCGAUGCAAUAGAGGAAAGGGGGAAAAAAAAUCUCUUUGUUGUCCACGAAGAAGAACAGCAGGCCGACAGCUAGCGAAUAACAUAAACAGAAAAGGAGAUCGGGAUUUUGUUUUGUGCAGAAUCAUUUAUUUUGGGAUUUAUUUAUAUCGCAAUGUAGUUCAGGGUCAACGGUCGGUCAUGAGAGGUUGAGAUUGGAUUAUAUUUUUAAACCUUGACGUGUUCCUGCCCACGGACGCACAAAUGAUUCAGCUGGAGAAACCGGUGCUGGCUGGGACCAUGCCAGUCGUGUGGCCCACCAUUCUGGACCUGAGCCGAGACGAGUGCAAAAGGAUCCUGCGAAAACUUGAGCUGGAGGCAUAUGCAGGCGUGAUCAGCGCCUUGCGGGCCCAAGGAGAUUUAACAAAGGAUAAGAAGGAUCUUUUGGGUGAACUCACCAAAAUUCUGGGGAUCUCAACAGAGCGGCAUCGUGCGGAAGUUCGCAGAGCUGUAAACGAUGAACGCCUCACUACCAUUGCAUACCACAUGUCAGGUCAAAACAGCUCCUCUGAGUGGUCCAUCGAAGGCCGGCGGCUGGUUCCUCUAAUGCCACGUCUGGUUCCUCAGACGGCAUUUACCAUGACGGCCAACGCUGUCGCCAGUGCCACUGCCAAUCAGAACGCCUCACUGCUGUUGCCAGCAGAGACAGGAAACAAAGAAGUGGUGGUCUGCUACUCAUACACCAGCACCACCUGCACCUCCAGCAGCUCCACAGCAGCCUGCGGUGCCAUCGGAGCGGCAGUGAAGUCACCACGGCCGACCAGCCCGUCAUCCAACGUGGUGGUUCUGCCCAGUGGGAGCACCGUCUACGUCAAGAGCGUCAGCUGCUCCGAUGAAGACGAGAAGCCCCGUAAGAGGCGCCGCACCAACUCGUCCAGCUCCUCGCCUGUGAUGAUCAAAGAGGUCAGCAAGAUGUCGCCGCCUCCGAGCAAGAGCACCAUGGUGCCGGUUAGCGGGAGCCCCAAGAUGAGCAACAUCAUGCAGAGCAUCGCCAAUUCCCUGCCACCGCACCUGUCGCCUGUCAAGAUCACCUUCACCAAGCCUGCCAUCCAGACGACCAACACAACCACCCAGAAGGUGAUCAUCGUGACAACGUCUCCAAGCUCCAACUUUGUCCCCAACAUCCUGUCGAAGUCGCACCCUCACAGUCUGGCAGGCGUGUCCAAGCUCGGCUCUGCCUCCGUUCUGGCCACGCCCACUCAGAAACAGACAGUGGUUUUCCCAGCCAGCUCCAGCUCCACUACCGUCGCAGUGACGUCGGUGGUCUCCUCCACGCCGUCUGUGCUGAUGUCCACGGCAGCCUCAUGUGCAGCGUCCGCCGCAGUGAAGGUGGCCUCGACCCGUCUGCCCUCACCCAAAACUCUGGUGGGGUCCCCGGCUCAGAUCCUAGCGCAGUUCCCCAAACAACAGUCCCCCAAACAGCUGCAGAGUCCCAGUGUGGGCCAGUCCAGCACUGGCCAGAACCCUAGCAGCUCUCAGGCUUCCAAGCCCACCAUCCAGAUCAAGCAGGAGUCGGGUGUGAAGAUAAUCACGCAGCAGGUCCAGCCCAGUAAGAUUUUGCCCAAGCCUUCGUCAGUAUCUCUCUCCAGCAGCAGCUCGUCGCCCAUCAUGGUCGUCAGCAGCAAUGGAGCUAUUAUGACCACCAAACUGGUCACUCAGCCGACAGCGACCCAGACCACGUACACCCGACCCACCACCAGCCCUAACAUCGGCGCCAGGAUCAGCGCCUCCAACGCCGGCGCCACCUACGUGAAGACGACCAGCGGCAGCAUCAUCACGGUUGUACCCAAGUCUCUGGCCACUCUGGGCGGGAAGAUCAUCAGCAGCAACAUCGUGUCGGGAACCACCACGAAGAUCACCACCAUCCCUAUGACCUCCAAGCCCAACGUUAUUGUGGUCCAGAAAACCACCGGGAAGGGAGCAACCAUUCAGGGGCUUCCUGGAAAGAACGUGGUCACCACACUGCUGAACGCGGGGGGCGAGAAGAGCCUGCAGGCGGUCCAGGGCACCAAACCUGCCAUCAUCACAACCACUCGGCCCAUCACCAAAAUGAUUGUCACGCAACCCAAAGGUCUGAGCUCCGGCUCGCCGUCCACCGCCACCAAGAUCAUCCCGACCAAGAUCGUGUACGGCCAACAGGGCAAGACGCAGGUUCUGAUCAAGCCCAAACCGGUGUUCCAGGCCACCAUGGUGAGUGAGCAGGCCCGCCAGCUGGUCACCGAGACGCUGCAGCAGGUCCGGGGCGCCAGCGAUGCUGCGCAGACUGGGUCAGAUGUGACGUCCAAAGACGAGUCUGUAAGACUCGCAGAGACGAGCAGCUCUACCGGUGAGGCUUCGCAGAGCGCCACUCUAGAGUCCCAGCCUGUAGUUCAUGUGGUGACCACCAGGGAGCAGGACUGGAUGGAGCAGGAAGUGUCGGUGGAGUCGACUCCAACUAUCAUCUACCAGGAAGUUUCGGCUGGAGAGUCUCAGUCAGCUGCGUCCACCAUCAAGGCCCUGCUGGAGCUGCAGCAGGCUGCGAGAGAGAAAGCCGAGUCCAGACCGCGACAGCCGACGAUUGACCUGAAUCAGAUGGCGGUUCCUCUGCAACUGGCAGCGGAGAAGAAGCCCAGUCCGGAGUCCCCUCAGCCUUCCACCUCCGAGCCCGGCCAGGAGGGUCCCGCGCCAGGUCCAGGUCCAGGUCAAGCUGUCAAAGCGGCCACCGAGGAGGUCCCAACGUCCACGGUGCCUGCGGCAAAGCCUCUCAAAAGUGACGUCACCGGGCCGACGAGACCUGCUGUCGUCUCUGUCACUCAAACGGUGGUGGCCGGCAAACAAGAGACCGUGUUGGAAGUGAGCGAGCUGGACGGCGACACGCUGGAUCCUCAGACUGGUUUGUUCUACCGCUCCAGUCAACCGGCUUCCGACAAGCCGCCCAGCCAAGCGGCAGCCCCGGCCCCACAAGAGCAGCAGAACGCGAGCCAGACCGAGGCGGAGCCGAGCCGCCAAAGCCCUGCCCACACUCUCACCCUGCCGCCACAGUUACAGAGCAGACCUCAGAUCAGCCAGCCUUCCUCCACCACCUCCACCUCAGCGCCCACCACUCCACCUCUCACCAUCAAACUCCCCAAACUACGGGAGCACAGUCCACUCAAACCUCCGACAGUGAAGGAGAGACCCCCGGCUGCGGCGCCCACGCUGGCCACUAAAGUCUCCAGCCCGGUGACUCCAACCAAGUCCCCUGUGACCCCGCAGCUGCCCAAGCUGCAGCAGGCACCCACAUCGCUGCACAGGCCGCUGCACACGUCCAUGUCCCACCCGCCACCGCUCCAGGCCCACCACCCUGUCAGCACGGAGAAGAGCAGCCCCAGCCAGCAGCCCAUCAUUACGCAGAGUGCCACCGUCACCAAAAUCACCUUUGGCUCCUCCUCGGCCUUCAGCGAGGCCGCCGCCAAGCGGGUCCCAGAAUCCACCUGCGGCCCGUCGGGGGAGAAGUCGUCGGUGUCAGACAUCCUGAAGAUCUCCAUGAUGGAGGCGGAGAUUGACCCGAGCGUUGAGCCCAUGGUGGUGGACUCGUCCAGCGACUGCGGCCCUUUGGUAAAGACUCUGGAGGUGUCGGGCACCUUGGACUCUGGUCAGUUCAUCAGCAGCUCUGCGGCGUCCGUACAUCGUGUCAAACCACAUCAGUUCAACCUGCUGCCGGGUCUCGGUGCUAAUGCUGGGAAGGAUGACGUUGAGGUCAUCGAGGUGAUCCCCCAGUACGCCAUCCUGCCCGACUCGAGUCAGUCCAAUGUGGUGGUGGAGCCCAGUGGCUUUCUGGAGAUCACCAACUACACCAGCCAGCAGCUGGAGGAGGACAGUCCCAUGGAGCAGGAGGUGGACAGCAGCAACGAUGAGGCCACGGCUGCCAGUCCACCCGAGCCACAGUAACACCCCGGAGCUUUGGCCCGCUCCUUGCUUUCAGACAGACUCGUGGACAGUUGGGCCACUUCAUGUAGCCUUAGAUGCUCCGUAGUUCAACACAAGACUGAAGACAUUUUCUGUGUAUUUUUUUGUGAAGUAAAAAUUUUACUCUGGAGCUUGAGAGAUUUUUUUCCCACAGCUUUUGUUCUCUUUCUGUCCAACCAACAAGAAACAAUUUUAGGAUUUUUUUGAAGUAAAAAAACGAAAAGAAUUGACUCCCAGCUGCUUUGUGUACACCAGGGGGCGCCACCCCAUGUGCCAGGAUCAGCGAGAGAUGAACAAGCAGCAGGAACAGAGGUUGCUAUCAAGACAACCACUCACACUGCUUGAGUUUCUGGAACUGGCUGAGGUGUAUUUUGGAAUUCAAGUCAGUCAGUCAGUCGUUCCAAAGUGCCAAGGAUGAGCUGGCAAAUCCCUGCUGGAACUCAGUGGUAGAUGAUGCUGAAGGACAGCAGUGAGCACACGAUGGUUGUCAACAUCAAUCUAGAAAAUGAGGACAUUAGUCCUGGUUCAUUGACAUCAGUUGUCACUUUAAUCUUGCCUUCAAGAGCUUGAAUUUCUUCAGCACAAGCUCCGACCCAGAUGUGACCAGCAGAUUUUUCAGCACCAUACGUGGAAGUAUCUCUGCAAGUCCACUUCCAUCCACCAACUCCAUCUGUAAGUCUUUUGCUGCGGUUGGCUGAACAUGCAGAUGCUGGACAGAUGCUCCUGCUUUUGUUUUGGACGCUUCUUCACAAUGUUUCACU